GCUGUUCACACGCCUGUGUUCACCAAUUUAACCAUGGACCCAAUCGCAACGUACGUCUUUCUCGACCUCGGAGCGAACGGCCUUCCCGAAGACAAUUGUACCCCUCAUAUAGUUUCCCUAAGCUUACUAGCAGUCACCAGCAAAGAUCUCCGUAACAUUCAAGAGGAUACAAGGCAGGCUAAGAUCUCGGAGCCUCCUGUCAUACGCCGAAAAUACUGCCAUAGUAACAACAGAAACGGCCAAUUGGAUCUAGAGGCUGAGCUUCGUGAAUUCAUCGACCAUUUAAAUAAGCCUGUAUGUCUGAUCACCUACUGCGGGUUCUACUACGAUUUUCCGAUAUUAAAAAAAUGGUUUAGUUGUACGGGCACACAGUUUUUUGAAGACAUGGCGUGUGCGGACGCUAUGGCGGGCUUCUAUGACAUUCUAUGUCCGAAAGGUGAGAAAACCUCAAGAGCCGCAAGGCUUGUGGGUGAAUUUCCAUGGCCGAAUAUGUGUGAGCAGAGCUUCGCGCUGGAAGCUGUGUAUCACAGAGUGUUAGAAGAUACGAGGUACUACGCUUCUGGCGGAGACAAAUUCGAAGAUGAGGUGGGAUUCCGUAAUAUGGCAGUGGUUCGAAUAGCCGUGAAGCUAGCUGAAGACUUUAUACCCUGGUUGGAGAAGAAUUGUUAUAAAUUUAGUGAGGUGCCCUUGAAGCCUAGGCCAAAAUUUGUGCAUAAGCAUCGAGAGCCUGUGGAAGUCAAGAAAGAAAUAGAAUAGGUUUGCAAUCAACGCAAUGGACGACUUCAAAAUAACUUGAUUAUUAAUUUAUUUUAUUGUCUGAACGAUCAAGUGAACUGUAGUGACUGACUGUUGUGCAAUCCUAAAAUUAAACGUUGUAUGAGA